AUGGAUGACUUUCCUGCACUCGAAAAACCAUCUGGUUAUAGACUUUUGAUUGAAGAUUUCAACUUUUUGUAUUCUGAAAAAAAGGAAAGUCUUUUGGAAACAUUUCCAAUAUACAAACAAAAGAUUUUAGAGCUCGCAAAAAGUGUAUAAAAUAAAUGAAGAGAUAAUUCACUCAAAUGUAUUUUAAAAGAAUAUUUAGACCUAGCACCAGAAAGUGAAGAAGCUUCUUCUAUUGCUGCAUUUUUAGUCUUACCAUUUCUAUUCAGUGCAGUUCCAACAAAAAUAAAGAGAGGAAAGACUACAUGGAAAUCAUCUAAAACUGAAAUGAAGGAUGGGUUCAUCACUCAUAUCAAAUCUCAUUCCAAACUUCAAGCAACUAUAACUCGUAGAAAAGAUAAGUUUUUUCAACUUGGAUUAACAUUACAGCCAUUGGUUAUAAUAGUUGGGGAAAAUAUAAACGAAAUAACUCAGUAUUUUGUUUAUAUCAACGGCACGUACUAUGUAUUAAACUCUAUACUAUCUUCAGUGGACUGUUGUUUUAAAGCAAUACGCGCCUUAAAUCUGGAGUAUCCACUGGAAAGCAUGCCGGUUUGGUCAUUUGUUCAAAAAGCUUUUUAUCAAAUAAAUACUGCAUGGGAUACAGAGUUUGUGUCAGUCAAUUCUCUGUUAAGCGAUAUUGGAAUGUACGGACGUGCAACGACUAUACUUAUCAACGAAACACAUUUAUUACGUAAAUUUUCUGAUCAUAAUCACGCACCUGAAGCAGCUAGGGUUGAUGUAUGUACUACUCUUAGCCAUUUAAAAGAUCAAGCACGAAAUACCAAUGACCAACCCUGCCAAAUUAUUCAAAGUUACGUUACAAAUAUGCCAAGUACUGCUCAUCCAUACAUGCCGAAUAGAAAUGCUCUACGGCAACAAAUAAAGCGUGUUAGAAUGGAAAAUACGCCAUCGCAACCUCAAUCAUUAGAAGAUCUAACAAUUCCCGAUUCACUGAGAACUACAAUUGGCGGGGAGUUAUUUUUAAUUAAAGAUUCAACCAUUAAUGAUGAAAAACUUCUACUAUUUUGUACUAAAAAUAAUGUUCAACGGCUGUCGCAUGCUCGUUAUUUAAUUAUGGAUGGUUCGUUUUGGACAGUCCCGACAAUAUUUAGACAGCUAUAG